AUCGGCGCGCGUCCUGGACGGAUUGAGCAUUUUUGGACAGGACUGUUUACGUUAUCAUCCAGCGGUGUGUAAGUGUCCCGUUUCAUUGUAAAAUCGGACAAGUGAGGAAACAGGCGAGGGGAGUAAGUGAGUAACGCGGGGAGUUAGUUGACACAAUUUGUGGACCUGUAGAACAGCAGCAACACAUGAGUCAAGGGGGCCAGCUUCGUUUAUGCUGACUAAGAAGGCUAUGCUGGAUAGAUUCAGACAGCAUUAAAGCUGGAGGGAGUCUGCCAGGAGUUCAAGAGGGGGGGUUGAGAAUCCUGCUACUACGCUUCUUGCUCCUGUCACCUUAAAUAAUGGAGGAGCCUCAUAUUCACUGCAUGUCCUGCAUAAGCAGAAGAUGCAUGGUCAAACCUGAACCUGGCACUUCCUGUGACCUCAUCAGCUGCCCUCUUGUGUGUGGUGCUGUCUUCCACUGCUGCAAGGCAGUUGAACACAAGCUGCUGUGCCCGCUUGAAAGGGUGCCAUGUCUUAACCAAAGCAUUGGAUGUCCUUUUACACUGGCCCGUGGCCAGAUGGCAGAGCACCUUGAGGUGUGUCCUGCAGGUGUGGUGUGCUGCACUAUGGAGUGGAAUAGGUGGCCAGUGAAUGAUGAAGAUUAUCGUUCGUAUGAGAGACUGAGUCAAGAAGCAGAUGAGGUGGAGCAGCUUGACAUGGCACUCGCCCUUCAGGACCAGCGCACCAUGUUAGCGUCACUCAAACUCGUCUCUCUGGCUCCCACCAGUGGCUCAGAGAACAAGACUCAGCCACCAAAACAAAGCGAAAAGCCUGGCAUAGUCUCAGUUGCUCAGGCUCCAUGUGUGCAGGUGGAGAGUGUUGAGAUGGAGCCUAUGGCUGGCUGCUCAAAAGACAAGAUUUCCAAUGGGAUUAACGGUCUAAAAGAAGAACAUUACGGUGAGCUCUACCAAACCACAGUAGAGACGACCAAAAGCCUGGCCGCAGCUCUCAAUGUCCUGAUCCACCUUAAUUCUUCAGAAACCGACGGUACAGCCACUAAUGCAUCAGCUGGACUUACAGAGCGCAAUGGUGAACUGAAUGAAAAGAUGAGGAUGAGAGAAGAUGCCAGGUUCAGUUGUGAUAAAAUAGCUAGUGGAGUCAAUGGCCUAAAGGAGGAGCUACAGCCUCAACAGCACCAGAAACUCAUGGAGCUUGGCAGAAGCUUGGCAUCUGCUCUCGGAUCACUAGGAGAUGCUGUCAAAGGCACUGAGACAAUUAAUGGUCCGAUAGUAAAUGACAGUGGUAUGCGUAUUCAGUCAGAAACCUUGGAGUCUGCAGAUGUUGAAAUGAAGGAUGUUAACUCGGCGGUUGAUGGUGAGUCUGGGGCUGUUGGGAGAUUGGAUGAUGGAGAAACCACUUUAGAUGUUCUUGCUCAUGAGGCAACAGGUGAGUGUAGCCCAGUCAUGUUGGAAGACAUCGAUAGACAAGGGUUCUGUAAUGGCUCUCAUAGUAUUGUGGAUGACUUAAUGGAAUCAACCACCGAACACCCUCAAAUCCCAGAGUCUCAAGGUUCUUGGGAAUUUGUUGGUCCUUUAAUUCCCCAUAGGCCAGAGAUCAGACAUGACCAACAAGCUUUCUUGAUCCAGGAGGCCUGUGGAUCACAAGCUCCAUUACUGCAGCAACCUAUACAUGCUCAGAUUUUGACCAUCCAGAGAGACAGUGCUGUACCAAUGAUGGCAUUGGAUUUUGAAGACAGGACUUUUGAGAGGAAACUCCAAAACCUUCAGUUGCUGCGCAACUUUAUGCCACUUGCACUCAAUGGACGGAAGGGUCCAUUUACCGAAGUCUUUCCUCAUAGAAAUCCACAUUGCAAAAUGGAAGACAAAGCUGUGGACACAUCAGAUUUAGAUCAGGAACCAGUGGAUGACCCCAUGGGACUUGGCGAAAUUGACUUUACGGCAGCCGCUCUUCUGUUCUGCUUAGAAGAGUCGCCACGAGCUCGGAGGAUAUCGGACACAGUCUAUGGGUUUGGGGGCUCACGUGUUGACUUCGGCACCCAGACGUUUAGUUUCCCCGCUGCCAUCUUGGCAACAAGUACGAUGGUCGGCGAGGUUGCAUCCGCUUCUGCUUGUGAUCGAGCCGCUCCACGCCUUUCACAACCAAGUCCGUUUUGCACUCUACGGCUUGAUCUUACCUUGGAGCAGCUAGUUCCUCGCCCAAGCUGGGCCCCACGCGAGGGCUCCAUGUUUACCUUUGAGUGCGGCCAGCUCUUCCGUCGAGAAGAGUUCCUCUCACAUUUUCGCAAUGUUCAUGGAGAAAUACACUCUGGACUCAAUGGCUGGAUGGAGCACCGUUGUCCGUUAGCGUAUUAUGGCUGCACAUACUCCCAACGCAGAUUCUGCCCUAACAAUCAAGGCUCGAAGGUAGUUCAUGACCGCCACCUCAGGUCCUUCGGGGUGCAACCCAUCUCAGAACCUGUGACUCAACCCAAGUGUGAUCACCUUAGUGGAUUGCCGUUUGAAGUACUUCAACAUGUAGCACGAUUUCUGGAUGGCUUUAGCCUAUGUCAGCUGUCAAUGGUGUCUCGUACCAUGAGGGAUGUUUGCGCUAGUCUGCUGCAGACUCGUGGCAUGGUGGUAGUACAAUGGGAAAAGAAGCAAUAUUUGGAUGGAAGACGAACCUGGCAGAUAAAAGACAAGGUUUGGCGUUUCAGCACAGCCUUUAGUCCAGUUAACCGCUGGGAGUUCGCGGACAUCUCUAGCAUGUCAGACCAUCUGAAACGCUGCCCAUACAAUGAAGUCCUCCGGCAAGUGGAGGCGGUUCCUCUGCCCUGCAUGUGCACGACCAGAGAGCUAACACGAGACGGCAGAUCGCUUCGGUCGGUUCUCAAACCAGUAUCAUAACACUACGAAAACAAAACAUAACUAAAACACUUCGAUAUCUAACAUCUAAAAUAUAAUAUCACUGUGUAAAUAAAAGGAAUCUAAAUAUUUUUUUUUCUUUUAAAGUUAAGAUUAUUUUUGUAUUAAUAUAUCAAAGAUUAAUUUGAAGGUCUGAAGGGGCGUGAAGCAAGGUUCCUUUAGGAAAAAUGGUUUGGCUUCCUCUGACACACACCCAUGCUGUCUUAUCAAGACCAAGCCUGAGAGUGGACUGGUUUAAAGGAGAGUGAACAUUGGUGAAACACAGGCUUAAUUUAGUGGGAUUAUAUGAGCCUCAACCUGUCAAAUAACACUUGACACAGCAAGAUAAUCUCUUUAGAGAUGAUCAGAUAAUGACUUCUGGUUCCUGUCAGUACAUAUCCACACUAUAGUAUAUUUGUAUGUUUCGUCUAAGAUAACAUGGUUCAGUUUUGCUCCAUUUUAUGGUGACAUUGCAGACAGGUGCACUUCUCCCUGACCCAGGAACAGCUGUCAUCAUGCUUAAGCAUUCAAGGGCUUGGAUUUAUAUUGGGUUUCAGAGUAAGAGAGCUGUGCUUCUGUCCUUUUCUAUCACAUUGUCAUAGAACAGGAGGGUUUCAUUUACCACAGGUUUACAAUUACCACUCUCUUAAAGGCUUUAUCCAGAAAUGGCACCAAUGGACUUCAGUCAACUCUAAAGGACACUCUGUAUGUACUGAGGCAUACAUACUGAAACCCCUUCUCCAGCACUAUAUCAUUCAAUAUCAGCAUGCCCACCAUAUAUCAGCAUUUAGAGUCAAUCUUUGCACUUUACUGAAUCUUGUGGCUGUCUGCACUCCGAUCCUCACUAACCUGAAGUAAACAGAUGCUCUGCUAUUGUGUUUCCUAUCGAGGGAGCAGGAAAAGCUUAGCUAACACUAUAUUUGAAAACAAAGAAGAGCUCUAUAACUUACAUGUAUGUGAUGUGUGACAUAUCUUAACCUGUCUGCAUUUAAAUGUGUGCUGUGCGAAUAUGUGGAAGCUAAUAAUUGAAUGUGUGAUAUGGAGCUAAUUAAACACUGCAGAAGUGUUUCUUUUAACCUUCCUGGUUUAUGGAAAGCUAUGCAGCAUUUAUGUUCGGAGCUGUUUUAGGCUUCUCAAAUGUUGUGUCACCAAGGGAUGUGUGAUCAUUUCCAUGUAAUCAAAAUGAAGUGUUUUUUUUUUUUUGUAAUGCAGUCCAUAUAUUGUAUUACUGAAGCUAUGUUAUAUGAAAUCUGUUUUUCGGUUAAGUUGAUUAUGAUCUAAGCAGGAGAAUUGCCAGUUGUUGGUUGCAUGAGGUUUUUGACUUGAAUUAAAAAUAUCUAUAUAUUUUAUCUUUU